AUGUCGCUGCCUCUGCGACACGUCCUAAGGCUGUGCGUCAUCGCCCUCGACCUCUCCACGCCCGUGUUGGCAGCGAGCACCGGUGCCUGGAGCAGCAGAUCGGUGUAUCAAACGAUGACCGAUCGAUUCGCCCGCACGGAUGGAUCGACCACGCAUCCUUGCAACACCACAGACGGGCUGUACUGUGGCGGGACCUGGCGAGGCAUGAUCAACCACCUCGACUAUAUCGAAGGCAUGGGAUUCGACGCGGUCAUGAUAUCUCCAAUCGUCAAGAACAUCGAGGGACGGGUGUCCUACGGCGAAGCCUACCAUGGCUACUGGCCGCAGGAUCUCUACGCCCUGAACCCUCGGUUCGGAACCCAACAGGACCUGCUCGACCUCAGCCAGGCGCUGCACGACCGAGGCAUGUACCUGAUGAUGGACACCGUCAUCAACAACAUGGCCUACUUCACCAACGGGACCGACCCCAGCAGCAGCAGCAGCAUCGACUACGCCAUCUUCAACCCCUUCAACGACCCGAAGUACUUCCACCCCUACUGCCAAAUCACCGACUACAACAACUACCCGCUGGCCCAGAGCUGCUGGACGGGCGACGACAUCGUGGCUCUCCCCGACCUCAAGACCGAGGACCCCACCGUCCAAGCCAUGCUGAGCCACUGGGUCCAAGAGAUCAUGACCAACUACUCCAUCGACGGCCUCCGCCUCGACGCCGCCAAACACGUCACCCCCGACUUCCUCCCCCAGUUCCAGAAGGCUGCCCUGGACUCGUUCGUCACCGGCGAGGUCUUCGACCAGUCCGUCGACACGAUCUGCAGCUACCAGAACGACCUCACCAGCGUCCCCAACUACCCCAUCUACUACGCCCUCCUCGACGCCUUCACCAAGGGCAACACAUCCACCCUCCCCAACCGGGUCGAAAUCAUGAAACAUACCUGCCCAAACGUAACCACCCUGACAUCCUUCUCGGAGAAUCACGACGUCGCCCGCUUCGCCAGUCUCGAACCCGACAUCAACCUGGCCAAAAACCUCCUCACCUUCACUCUCCUCUCCGACGGCAUCCCCAUGAUCUACCAAGGCCAAGAACAACACCUCUCAGGCCCCUACGACCCCCUCAACCGCGAAGCCCUCUGGCUAACAACCUACAACACGACCUCACCCCUAUACACACACAUCUCGACGCUCAACGCCCUCCGCAAGCACGCCAGCCAAGUCGACCCCAACUACCUCUCCACGCAGACCUACCCGAUCUACACGGGGUCCAGCGAGAUGGGGUUCCGCAAGGGCCGCGAGGGCCGCCAGGUGGUCAUGGUGCUGAGCACGCAGGGCAGCGCCAGCGGCGCGUACACCAUCCGCAUGACGAACGGGUACGAGCCGUCGUUUGUCGUCAUGGAUGUGUUCACGUGUCGCAAUUAUACUGUUAAUGAUAUGGGCGAGCUACGGCUGGAUAUGGAUGGGGGGGAGCCGAGGGUGUUGUAUCCGCCCAAGCAGCACAUAGUUGCCGCGCUAAACAAUGCGUAACUAUAUCUUCUUCUUCUUCUUCUUCUUAUCGGAGUUCAUCAUGGGCAAUCGCCGCGAAGGCGAAGUGGGCUUGCCGGUCGAUGGACAGACAGACAGACAGACAGACAGACAGAUAGAUCAAUAGAUAGAUAGAUGUUCCAUAUACAUACAGGCUGAAUGAGUUGAGUGGGAAACCAUUGUAGAGAUAGUGAUACAACCGGAAGCUCAAAAAAAAAAAAA